AUGUCCGGCAGGCAUCUAAUCGAUGCUCUUGCCUUACUUAGUGUGUCACGAAAUGUCGCAGCGAAACAUUUCGAUAUACGACUUGCUCAAGCUAGAGUCUAUGGUCAAUCUUCCUCCGUCAUCAAGGCCAUAAGGACUCAGGGUCUCCCAAUCUUAGCUACAUCUGUCUCGCGGUUCGCUUCCUCCUCUCAGCCUCUCUCAAAAUCAUCGAAAGAAGGUAUCGAGCAAGACCACUUCUACACGAGAUCCGUCGAGGGCUCCCAAUCUCAGGCAUCCUCUCGUGAAGGCCUGAACGUUGAGCAAGCCCAAGCGACCAGGACGCCACUCCCGGAUGGGACAAUACCGUUAGAUGACAGCCCUAUUGGAGCAGAGGAAGGAGAUGGUAUAACCUUCAAUCAGAUCCCCGCGGGGGAGACACCGCAGCAUCCAUUCGAGCCUAGAGCUGCCCAAGUCCUCAGUUCCCACUCAUCUACGAAGCCAAACCUCCCCGGCAGCACUUCAGUCGAGGGUCUAUCUCCAGAUGAGGCAAGGAAAGCUCAACGACAAUCCGAAGACCAGAUCCCCGCGCAAUCCGCCGAACCUCCGUCGCCGGAAGAAAAUGGCCAGGAAUUUGGAGUGGAACAAGAGCAGGAUGUCUUCUAUCAGCCACCAGGGACUGUCAAGCCGGUUUUAUCUGCAUUGCCACGUGUCCGUGUGCCUAAGACUGAAAACGACGUACAAGAGGGCGAUUCGCAUAUCGAACCUGGUCUCAACGCGGAUGUCUACUACUCUGGCUCUAAGCGUCAGGCGGACGCUGAGGAUGAGCCCUCGGAGGAACAGCUAUCUCGGCUAUUUCGCAACCCGAGGAAUGCAAGGAUUUACGGGCAAAAGGGAAGAUACGCCCCUGGCGGAGUCCCGGCGAGACGGUUCCAUGGCAUGAGCGUCAUGCGGCAGAAGGCCCCUGAUACGGAUGCUGAAAGCAUUAAGCAACUUGGGGCUGAGCUUGCCAAAGACAUUCAGAAGAUCAAUACGCAACAACCUCAGACUGCACGGCCGUAUCAAAUGCGUGAAUCAAAAGUGCCUUCAUCUAGGAUGGGCCGGAUAUUCGAAUUUGGAGGACUUGCAGCGUCAAUGGCUUAUGGAGCUGUCAGCGAGAGUAUCAGUCGCUCCGGUGGUCCCAAUGGCUCGUUGAUGCUGAGUGCCGCAAAUAUGGAACGUCUUGUCGCCAAAUUGUCCAAAAUGCGAGGUGCCGCCCUCAAGUUAGGUCAAAUGAUGAGCUUCCAAGAUUCCAAAUUGCUUCCAAAGCCCAUUCAUGAUGUGCUGCAACGCGUCCAGGACAGUGCGGAUUAUAUGCCCGCGUCUCAGAGAGACGCAGUCAUUGCUGCUGAUUUGGGUCCCAAUUGGCGUGAUCAGUUCUUCCAGCAAUUCGACGAGAAGCCCAUGGCCGCCGCCUCCAUUGGUCAGGUUCACGGGGCAGUGUUGAAAGACGGCAGGAGAGUUGCGGUCAAGGUGCAAUAUCCCGGUGUUGCGGAGUCGAUUUCUUCCGAUCUCAACAAUCUAUCUUUGUUGCUUACUGCCUCUCGCCUGCUGCCCAAAGGGUUGUACCUGGAGAAAACUAUUGCCAAUGCCCGUACUGAAUUAGCAUGGGAAUGCGACUAUAUUCGCGAGGCUGAAUGCGCAAAAAGGUUUCGGAAGCUCUUGGCAGACGAACAGGACAUCUUCACAGUCCCCGAGAUCAUCGACGAAGCAUCAGGCAAACGGGUCCUGACCAUGGAGAGAAUGGAAGGUAUUCCAGUCACAAAAGUCCAAAAUUUCACGCAAGAGCAGAAGGACUGGAUAGGAUCACAGAUCCUGCGACUCUGCCUGCGUGAGAUCACCGAAUUCAGAUACAUGCAGACGGAUCCAAAUUGGACUAACUUCCUCUACAAUUCUGAAACGAAUAAGUUGGAGUUACUUGACUUUGGCGCAUCCAGAGAAUUUCCCGAGAAGUUCAUUCAACUCUACAUCAAGACCCUCAUUGCCGCCUCGAGAAAAGACAGGGACGCUUGCAGAGAUUUUUCCAUCCAGCUUGGCUAUCUGACUGGUUAUGAAUCUAAGGCCAUGUUGAACGCCCAUAUCGAUUCAGUCAUGACGCUUGCCGAACCCUUCAUGGAUUUCAGUCCGGACGUCUAUGACUUCCAGGACCAAACUAUCACCGAUCGAGUUCGGGCCCUCAUUCCCGUCAUGCUGAGAGAAAGAUUGGCACCUCCGCCAGAAGAGACCUACAGUCUGCAUCGGAAACUGAGCGGAGCGUUCCUCCUGUGUGCUCGACUGGGCAGCCGGGUCCGCUGCAAGGAAUUGUUCGAGCAGGCGCUCAACAAUUCGGGGAUCCACUAA